AUGCGUUCUGCCAUCAUCUCUUCCGCUUUCGCGGCUGCUGCCAUUGCGGCCCCAGUCGUCGAGCGCCAGGCCGCAAAGGGUGGUCCAGGCGAUGGAGUCAUCCUCAACUACGCCCUCACCCUCGAGCACCUCGAGAACGCCUUCUACAAGGAGGGUCUCGCCAAGUUCUCCCAGGCUGACUUCGCCGCUGCUGGAUACGACAACGUCUUCUACACCAACCUGAAGACCAUCUCCGGCGAUGAGACCACUCACGUUGAGUUCCUGUCUGGUGCCCUCACCAAGGCCGGUGUUAAGCCCGUUGUGCCCAACACCUACGCUUUCGGCUUCGAGGACAUCAAGACUUUCCUCACCAUCGCCAACGUCCUUGAGGGUGUCGGUGUCAGCGCCUACCUCGGUSCUGCUCAGUACAUUGCUGAUGCCACCUACCUGACCGCUGCCGGCUCCAUCUUGACCGUUGAGGCUCGUCACUCUUCUUACCUGCGCGGUAACCAGCAGCCUCAGCUGUCGCCUUUCCCAUACCCAUUCGACACUCCUCUUGACUUCAACGAGGUUGUCACCCUGGCGGCUCCGUUCAUCACUGCCAUUGCACCAGAGAACGGUCCUCUCCCAGUCAACGGGUUCCCAGCCAUUGCUGCCGCCCCUGGCGCUGGCAAGGCCGGCGACAAGAUCACCCUCUCCGUCAAGAAGGAGGUUGAGGCUAAGGCUGCUUACUUCAUCACCAUCACCGGCUCAGUCGAGGCUCCUCUUGAGGGAUCCGGCAUGGAGUACACCAUCACCAUCCCAGAGGGUGCUCCAUCUGGCCAGGCUUACGUUGUCCUCACCAAGGAGAAGGUCAUGGGAACCCCAUCCGACGACACCAUCGUCGCUGGCCCAGCGAUCAUUGAGAUUGCUGACGCUCAGUCCGGUGUCAUCCCCGACCCAAAGAAGUGCGUCGACGGCAAGCCAGCUGGUUACGCUCCUGCCCCUGCUGCCCCUGCCGCCAAGCCUGCCGCUCCUGCUGCCAUGCCCGCUGCCCCUGCUGCCCACCCCAUCCAGCAGAUCGGUGACGGUCAGAUCCAGAACCCAGUCCAGCAGAUCGGUGACGGACAGAUCCAGUCCCCAGCUGCUCCCCCAGCCUACCACCCAGCGGCUCCCAAGGCACCAGAGGCUCCCAAAGUCUCCCUCACCACCGUCUACCACACAAAGGUCUACACUUCAUACGAGUCUCACCCCACUGAGACCAUGAAGGUCGAGCACCCAGUCGUCUACACCACCGUUGUUGAGAAGAAGCCAGAGCAUACUCAGGCACCCGUCUACGCCACUUCCACCAUGAUGGAGGAGCACAAGCCAGAGACCACCGAGGCACCUGUCUACGCAUCAUCCUCUUCCGAGGCCGAUGCGCACCAGGCUUCUUCCACCACCUGCACUGAGGAGGAGUCCGCCACCAUGGCUCCCGUCUACGAGACUCCAGCUCCUACCUACGACUAA